UUUCACACUCACUAUUAAUCUAUAUAUAUGCACACGCAUAUUAUCCAUAACCAAACCAAAUCCUCACAUCCCUUGAUAUCAAUUUCUUAAUUUCUUCACCCUUUGCUUUGUGAUCUUUAUUAUCUUUCUCAGCAAUAUAAAAUAGAUAGAUUGCCAUGGCCAUUCGUUUGCCCGGAAUUAUGCAUGCUAAGCACAUUCUUCGACGCUCCAACUCAUUCAGAAAGCAUUUAGCUUCAACAUCUAUAGAUGUUCCAAAAGGCUACAUUGCAGUUUAUGUUGGAGAGAGUGAAAUGAGGCGCUUUGUAAUUCCUAUAUCGUUCUUGAACCAGCCUUCAUUUCUAGAAUUGCUAAGUAAGGCUGAGGAAGAAUUUGGAUAUGAUCAUCCAAUGGGUGGUCUCACAAUUCCUUGUAGUGAAGACAUCUUCAUUGAUCUCACUUCUCGCUUACAUGAACUGUGAAAUGGUGCCUCUAAGAUGAAACAGUAGUGACAAUUUUGUAUAUCUAUGUAAAUUCUUUCUUUCUUUGGGCGGAAGAAGAGAUGGGGAUUGUCCAUCCACUAAAGAUGUUACAAUUAGAAAUACUAUAGCCCUUCUCACAUUCUCCAGAGAAAUGUAAAAUUGAGUCAACUUUUUGUUGAAAGGGAUUCUCUUUGGUUUUA